ACCAGGGCAUCAACAACAGAAUGAAAAUCCUCUAGCAUUUGGACACGUAAUCCCUCUAUGUAAGUCUUAUACUAAAUGACUGCCGAGGAUGGGAAUAUGGACUCUGUACAUCACAAUGUGCAUUUUACUGGUAAAAUUCUCUCAAUGUGUACAUAAUUUAAAAUCCGAUGAUAUUUUGCAUGCAGUGGAAACAUCCUGUGUCGUCGCCGCUGUGACCAAAGUCCCCUCAACAUCUAAAAUCUUGGAAGAAUUACAGGGCAUUUUUAAAGAGGAAAACGUGACAUUUGGAUCAUUGGAUAUUCAAGGAUUCGCGUGGCCUUUUAAUAGGAAAAUUAAGUGGGCGAAUAAAAGACCUAACAACAACACGCAUUUUAUUGCAUUUCGGAAGAGAAAAAACGAUCGUACAUGUCUACUGCCCGCUCCUGCGAAUAUGUGGACACCAGAGGCAGAAGUUUACAGCGGGCAUGUGACACUGUCAUCCGUGGUGCAAUUUGUCAAUAAUGUCUGCGAUUCUUUCAGAACUGACUCAGGGCAUGUGUCAGUGGAGGGAUUACACAGGUUAGACAUUCUUCAAAAUCUCUUUCACGUGGUGCAUUCCUCAGAAAAUAUUGCCAGUAUGUCCUCUUUGUUCAACAGUCAGCCAAACCCAUUACUGUUGAGAUAUCAGAGCUGGCUGUCCAAGGUCCAGGGUAGUGAUCAGCAUGACACACAGCGUGGUGAUGAUAAAAAUUAUGACUGUGUUGCUAGCCAGAUAGACACAUGUGCAUCUUCCAGUGGGACAGCAGCCAGACAUAAACAUUUAGCAGUUUGUGAUAGAAUCCACAUGCCCACUAAAGAGGAAUUCUUUCAUGAGUAUGUCAAGCGUUCCAAACCUGUUAUAAUUAGGGGCACUAUGAAGGAUUGGGCUGCGCUCUCGAAGUGGACGACUGAUUAUUUUAAGGAAAGGUAUUUGCAUGAAGAAGUGCAUGUCAAACUGACUCCAAAUGGUGACUUUGAAGGUGUGGAAAAGGCAGAAUUAUGGGAAGAUCACAAAACAUUCACCAUACCAACAGAUGUUAAAAAGCAAUUACACUUCCCAGAUUUGGUGGUUGUAAGACCUGCCACACUGAAUGUAAAUUUUUCAAUUUUUUUAGAGAUGCUAAGUAAUGAUAAAAAUCAUGGGAAGCACCGCAACUAUUCUGCCUAUCUUGAAUACACUUCUAUUCCCCAGUAUUUCCCUAGCCUUGAGCAGGAUAUAAAAGAACCAGGGUUUGUCAAAGGCUUACUGAAAAGAAGACACCUAAAUAUCUGGCUAAGUGAUGGUUACACUCUGGGACGGUUGCAUUUUGAUCCAUUUGACAACUUACUGUUCCAGUUAAGUGGCCAGAAGGAAGUGACCUUGUUUGAUCCCCAUGACAACACAAACCUCUACGAGGCCCACAUUCCAGAAGCUUUGCUGAAGUUUAAUAAAACCACAAAGCAGUUUCUGAGAAAGGGCCUUUUGGACAGCACCUCAAUGGUUAUGUCACCAGUAGACAUCCGUAAUCCAGACUUUCAGAGGUUUCCCAAGUUUGCAGGUGCUUACCCUAUGAACUGCACUAUAAAUGAGGGAGAAGCUCUGUUCAUGCCUGCAUACUGGUGGCAUGAAGUCAUGUCAUCUCCUGGACAACAGGAUCACAGGAAUUUGGCAGUUAACUUAUGGUAUGAACCAUUUUUCACCAAAGAGUUUCCUUGUGCAGAGUGUUCUCUGGAUGUGAAUCCCUUUUAUCACCACUUACUGUGAAACAAGAAUUUAAGCUGGUGGCGGUUGUCCUUCAUUGAUCAGCAGUCAUAUGUUUGUAACAAGUUGAACCAAGAAUUUUUGGUUUUGUAUUUCUGUUUUGUUUUUACUUUAAUGUAUGAUGCUAAGGAAGUAUUUAUAAUUGUCCAUUAUAACCAAAGAAUCCCUUUUAAGUUUUAUACAGUAACAACUUUUAAAUGUAUGCACUCAAUGUGCAUCUUAAUAUUGUAUCAGGAAUUUUG